CAUUUUGAAAUUGGCAUUGAAUAGCUAACCUAAAAACAAAUAUUAUUGUGGUAUUGCUUGUUCUAUAAUGAAAUCACCUAAAGUGUAUUUAUAUUGAAAUAUUGAGAGCCCUUUUAUCGUCGAAAUGAAUUUCUUGCCACUAAGCAAUUACCUACAAAUAAUCGAAAGAGCUUGGAACAAUCACGAUGGUGACAAGAUAUCUAUGUUUAUAUCAAUGCGUCACGAACAUACACAGUAUCCCAACUAUCAGUUAGAAAAUGCUCAAGCUCUUGUCCAGCGAUUCUUGUCCGGCCCAAUUGAUGAGUUAAUUGUUUUCCAUUUACGAUGCUGUUAUCACUUCAAUAGAGGAUCCUUCGUAGAAGCCUAUAAUGCCCAAAGUUCAUUGACUCAAAGCUUGACUAAGGUACUACACAUGCAAAAAGAACAAAACUGGUCUCUCCCAAUUAUGUAUACAGUUUGCUCAGAUUUAAGACUGUUGGCUCAGUUAGCAGAGAAGACUCGUACAAGUAUAAACGACAAACCAGGUGAAAUAUUGGAGAAGGCAGCAGAGUGCUUAAUGGGUUGUUUCAGAGUUUGUGCCGCAGACAACAGAUCCUCCGAAGAGGAUACUAAACGUAUUGGAAUGCUCGCAUUAGUUAAUCAAUUGUUCAAAGUGUAUUUCAGAAUAAACAAACUGCAUUUAUGUAAACCACUAAUCAGAGCUAUUCAGUCUUCACCAUUCAGUGAGAGUUUCUCCUUGAGCCAACAAAUAACAUACAAGUACUUUGUUGGUCGUAAAGCUAUGUUUGAUAGUGAUUAUACACUGGCAAAUGAAUACCUCACAUAUGCUUUCGAGAAUUGCCAUAAGUACAGCGUGAGGAACAAAAGACUUAUAUUAUUGUAUUUAGUACCUGUUAAAAUACUUCUUGGUUAUACCCCUAGUAGAUAUUUAUUAGAGAAGUAUGAUUUAGUACAGUUUUGGAAUUUAGUUCAAGCCGUCUGUCAGGGUAAUUUGAAAGAAUUUGAUGAGUUAUUGGAAACCCAUGAAGCCUUCUUCAUCCAGUGUGGAAUUUACUUGAUCAUAACUAAACUGAAGAUUGUAGCCUACAGAAAUCUUUUCAGAAAAGUGUACUUGAUUUUAAACACCCAUCAAAUACCAGUGGAAGCUCUAAAAACUGCCUUAGUUUAUUUGGGACAGACCGAUGUUGACCUAGAUGAAACUGAGUGUAUUGUUGCUAAUCUUAUUUUCGAAGGAAAAAUUAAGGGUUACAUUUCACAUCAGCAUAGAAAAGUUGUUGUUAGUAAACAGAAUCCGUUUCCACCCUUGACAAGUUUACAUUAAAAAAUCUUGUGAUAUAUCUUUGUAUUUUAUCUUUUUUUGUUAGUACAUAGAAUCCCUUUCCACCCUUGACAAGUUUACAUUAAAAAUCUUGUGAUAUA